ACACUUUUAGUUGCCAUCUAAAAACAUAUAUAACAGAAGAUCAACACAAGAUCAAGAAAAUAUAUGCAAUGGCCUCAUCCAUAUUUUCACUUGCUUCCACUUCUUCUAUGCUACUUGUUCUCGUGUUCCUGUCCUCAACGGCUAAAUCAAACUUCAAUAUAUCAUCUCCAUACAUCGAUAACCUUUGUAAUGGAAUCAGCUGUGGAAGAGGAAACUGCUCAGUUGAUGUUGCUAGACCAUUUAGCUUCGUUUGCAAGUGCGAUCCUGGAUGGCGAAGAACUUUAGGUUCUGGCAACGAAGAUGAUCUUCAGUUCCUUCCUUGCGUCAUUCCCAACUGUUCUAUGGACUACUCAUGCAUACCAGCUCCUCCUCCGACUCCUCCCAUCCCUAAUAAUAUUUCUAUCUUCGAUCCUUGUUACUGGACAUACUGUGGAGAAGGUACAUGCAGCAAUAAUAAUUAUACAUGCCACUGCAAUCCUGGAUACACCAAUCUCUUGAACAUCUCCUAUUUUCCAUGCUUCAGCGACUGUGCUAUUGGAGCCGAUUGCAGUAGACUUGGAGUUCGGUCAUCAGCCACAACGUCCCCUCCCGGUGAUAGCAGCCAAGGAGAUAGCAGUCAAGGUAUCAGGUUUCUUUCUGGAGGCUUCCAUUGUAUUGGAGUCAUAAUGAUGUGUGUAGCCUUGGUUCUAUGGAAAUAGGAAACAUGGUUGGGUUGUUAUGUUAUGGUUGAUAUAUAUAUGUACACACCAUGUAUGUACAGAAGAUUGUUUGUGUAAAAAUAAGAUCUUUUGCCUGUACAAGUAAAAGAUCAUUGUAGCCUUUGUGUAUACAUGUGUUUUUCCCUAUGUUAGGGGCCACAUGACCUAUGUAAAAACUGAUGGGAUGAAUAAUUGGAAUUAAGAUAUAUUUUUGUUCAA